AAUAGAACUUUUAAAAUUUAAAUAGACAGCACAAAAUACGAAAAUUGUUAUUAUUAUAAAGAUGGCAGCAGUGGUACACUUCCAACAUUUAGGAGCGCUUGUCCUACGUUAACACAUGCUCUUUUCGUGUAGGACUUCAACAUGGCGCGAGGACCUAAGCACCACUUAAAGCGUUUACAUGCGCCAAAAGCAUGGAUGUUAGAUAAAUUAGGUGGUGUUUUCGCCCCUAGACCGUCAACUGGUCCACACAAGCUAAGGGAAUGUCUCCCUUUGGUAAUUUUCCUACGAAACAGACUAAAGUAUGCCCUGACCAACUCAGAAGUGACCAAAAUUGUCAUGCAACGUCUGAUCAAAGUUGACGGCAAAGUUCGCACAGAUCCCAACUACCCUGCUGGAUUCAUGGAUGUCGUCAGUAUUGAGAAGACCGGCGAAUACUUUAGAUUGAUCUACGACGUGAAAGGACGUUUCGCAGUCCACAGAAUCACCGCCGAGGAAGCGAAAUACAAAUUAUGCAAAGUCCGUAAAGUUCAGACCGGACCUAAGGGUAUUCCAUUUUUGGUAACCCACGACGGGCGUACCAUCCGUUAUCCCGACCCUGUAAUAAAAGUAAACGACACAAUUCAAUUAGAUAUCGCUUCGUCUAAAAUACUUGACUCAAUUCGAUUUGAGCCCGGUAACUUGUGUAUGAUUACUGGCGGAAGAAAUUUAGGGCGUGUUGGUACUGUCGUAAAUCGUGAACGUCAUCCAGGUUCUUUCGACAUUUGUCACAUUAAAGAUGCCCAAGGGCACACUUUUGCUACUCGAUUGAAUAAUGUUUUUAUUAUCGGAAAGGGAACAAAGGCCUAUAUAAGCUUGCCCCGAGGUAAAGGUAUUAAGCUCUCAAUCGCUGAAGAACGUGAUAAGAGAUUAGCGGCUAAAGGUGGCAACUAAAUGUAGUGGUAUGGGAGAAACUUUUUUUUUUUUUAAAUAAAUCAACCACCAUCUACUGAAA